UCACUCUUCUCAAGUCGAGUAUAUAAGCGAGUCGGAGACGGGGCAACUUCAGCAGUCCUUGGUUAGCCAACGGUACCACUGCCAAAACCAUGUUCCGUGUCUGCGUCGUCCUUGCCCUGGCUUCCAGCGCUCUUGCUGGGUUCCUUCAUGGUGGCUCCAGCCUCGGCAGUGGUGUCGGCCUCGGCAGCGGUGUUGCCUUUGGCAGUGGUCUUGGCCUCGGCAGUGGUGUUGGCCUGACCAGCUAUGGCCUUAGCCACGGAAUUGGCUACUCCGGCCUCACCGGCUUUGGUGUCGGCCACGGCCUUGCCUACGGACCAGCCGCCAGCUACGCCGUUGCGGCUCCAGCUGUUGCUCGUACCGUCUCCACUUACCAGACUGCUCCAGCCGUGACCGCUGUUCACGCCGCUCCGGCCGUCGCUACCUACGCCACUGCCCCAGUCGCUACCGUGGCCGCUGCUCCAGCCGUGUCCCGCGUGACCACCUAUCAGUCCGCUCCAGUUGUGGCCGCUGCGCCAGCUGUUUCUACCACUUACCACGCUGCUCCAGCUGUUGCUACCUACCAGUCAGCUCCAGCUGUGUCCCGCGUGACCACCUACCAGUCUGCUCCAGUUGUGGCCGCUGCCCCAGCUGUUUCUACCACCUACCAAGCUGCUCCAGCUGUCGCUACCUACGCCGCUGCUCCAGCCGUUUCCCGCUUCACCACCUACCAGUCUGCUCCAGCUGUCGCUACCUACGCUGCUCCAGCUGUCUCCCGCGUCACCUACCAGGCUGCCCCAGCUGUGACUAAGGUCUACCAGAGCGCCCCAGUCGUCGCUGCUGCACCAGCUGUGUCCCGCGUCAGCACCUACCAGUCCGCUCCAGCUGUCUCCCACGUCACCUACCAGGCUGCCCCAGCUGUGACUAAGGUCUACCAGAGCGCCCCAGUCGUCGCUGCUGCCCCAGCCGUGUCGCGCUUCACCACCUUCCAGUCUGCUCCAGCUGUCGCUACCUACGCUGCUCCAGCUGUCACCAAGGUCUUCCAGUCGGCCCCAGCCGUCGCCACCGUCGCCGCCGCUCCAGCUGUGUCCCACGUUACCACCUACCAGUCUGCUCCAGCUGUCGCCACCGUCGCUCACGCUGCCCCAGUCGCCACCUACGCUGCUGCCCCAGUCGCUACCUACGCCGCUGCCCCAGCUGUCGCUACCGUUCACGCCGCCCCAGCUGUUGCCACCACCACCGUGCACCACGCCCCAGCUGUGGCCACCGUUUCCCACGCUGCCCCAGCCUUCGCUGCCUACCAGGCCGCCCCAGUCUACGGCUACGGUGUUGGAAACCUCGGCUACGGCGCUGGCCACUACGGCCUCGGCCAUGGCUUUGGUGUCUACGGCCUGAACUACGGCUAUGGUCUUGGCACUCCCUUCGACUACAACACCCUCCUCCGCAGGAAGAAGUAAAUUAUUCUACACUUCAGGAGAUAUGGUACGUUGAAGAGGAAAAGAAGAAUAUGUUGAGCUUAAGCUCAGUUGUCCAUAUUGUUAAAUACUGUUGCAAAAUAAAUGUUUCCUGUUAUACAAAAAAGACCUCGUUGAAGGUGUUAUGAUUGCUGUCCCCGUGCUAUUAGUAAACGAGUGCAUUCUGGGUGCACCGUCGAUAUGUUAUGGCGAGUUCAUACUCAAAAAUUUUCCAUCGCGCAAGCAGCCGCGCGAUGGUUAUCGGAAAAAUGGGAGCGUUCACAGCAGAUCUCUCAUCGGGCUCUACGAAAUGAUCGCAGCCACCCGCUAACUCUU